AUGGUUGAACUGAUUAGAGACACAGCUCUUGGAAAACUUAUUCGGAUAACUAGCUGCCACCGGCUUCUGCUCUAUCCUGAGGAAUGUGGUGAUUACCUUAGGGGAGAAUUUGCUGAGGCUGCUUUUGAAAACGCGAAUUCUUCCGCAGAGUUAGGAAUCAAUGAAUACGCCACAGAGAAGAGCACUUCAGAGGCCAUUGCGAGCGGUUCGCCUUGUUCAAAUCCAAACCAAAAGCUAGCACCCAAGACUUGCCCUGAUACAAUUGUCGUCGUUGGUUGGAGGAAAAAUGAUAGUGAGAAUCCGCAAAACUGGAGUGUAGGAAAGAAACUGUUUGUGAGCACCCUCAUAUGGGUUUUGACGUUUUCAGUCUACAUCGGUUCUGCUAUCUAUUCACCGGGUAUACCUGGAGUGGCGGAGGAGUUUGGAGUGAGCAAUGUCGCCUCAACCUUGGGCUUGACGCUCUUUGUAUUAGGAUACGGCAUUGGCCCCAUGAUAUGGUCUCCUCUCUCGGAGAUUCCUACCAUUGGACGGAGCCCAGUUUACCUACUCACACUUCUUGCUUUUGUUUUGCUGAACUUUGCUGUUGUAUAUGCCAAAAACUUUGCAGCGGUUCUUGUUUUCCGAUUUCUAACCGGAUUUAUUGGUUCCCCGGCUCUUGCAACAGGUGGCGCUUCAAUGGGGGACAUCUGGAGCCCUCGAGUUGCUGAUUACAUGAUAGUCGUCUGGGGUGCUUUUGCUAUUGCUGCACCAGUGCUUGGGCCAAUGGUAGGGGGGUUCGCCUACUCAGCUAAAGGCUGGACCUGGACUAUAUGGCAGCUGAUAUGGGUAUCUACAUUUGCAUUUGUUUUGCUAUUUGUCCUCAUGCCAGAAACAUAUGGCCCUACCAUUCUGUAUCAUCGUGCAAGAAGAAUUCGCAAGACCUCUGGAAGCUCUUCAUUUUGCUCAGAGGCUGAGCUUGAGUUUCGCGAAACAUCAUCAAGGGAUAUCAUAUUCGAAGCUCUUAUUCGACCCUUUCAGCUUUGUUUCUUGGAACCGAUUGUCCUCGUGAUGAAUAUCUAUAUUGCAUUUGUUUAUGGUAUUCUCUAUAUAUGGUUCGAGGCAUUUCCGAUCAUAUUCGAGGAAGUGCAUGGUUUCAAUCCCGGUCAAAGUGGCAUGUCGUUUCUUGGAACCAUUACUGGGACUAUUUGCUUCGCUAUUCCAGGUUACUUUUCCUGGAAAUACUUUUACCAGUCGAAAAGAUUCAACCAGGAUGGAACGCUCCCUCCGGAAGAGCAACUACCACCAGCUUGCUUUGGCAGUAUCUGUCUACCAGUCUCUCUAUUCUGGUUUGGGUGGACUGGGAAUUUUGAGUCGGUCCAUUGGAUAGUCCCGAUCAUUGCAUCAGGUUUAUUCUCAGUGGGUGGUUGUUUGAUCUUCAACUGCAUCUUUUGCUACCAAACCCAUGCUUACCCUAAAUAUGCCGCGUCUGUCCUGGCCGGGAAUGACCUCCUCCGGUCUUCAUUUGGUGCUGGUUUUCCCUUGUUUGCCACUGCGAUGUUUCAUGAACUGGGAGUAGGAUGGGCCUGCACACUACUUGGCUGCGUGACUUGUCUUUUCGUCCCAUAUCCUUUUAUACUAUACUGGCGUGGCAAGCAACUUCGCCUGCGUAGUAAGUAUGCAAGGCAUGAUAUUUAA